AGCACAUUGUCAUUGACAGUGCAAACAUUUUUACGGGCAUCCUGCUUAUCAGACUUGCGGCAUAAAUUCGACGUUGUCCAGGGCGGUUUUCUUCCGAACAGCGAUGGACCAGAUACUCCCUGCGGUUCAGGGACUUGACCUCAAGAUUAUUCAUUGCAUUCGCGCGGCUUCAUUACGUGCCGCGGGUCGCGAGGAAUUCGUGGCAAUAGAGCCACUCGAGGAGGCCAUACAGACAUUUUUCCGCUCGCUUCCAAGGAAUCAGCUUCAGCCUUGGGUGUCAAGCCUCCUGAAGUUCAAACAACACCGAUCGCAAGAAGUACAAGACACCGUCGCUGGAACUCGUGCAUCGUUGAAGUCGGCCGUUGGUCACGCUCAAAUCGGGAACUAUGAAAAGACCCAGCUGCAGGAGUUUGCAGUUAACCUCUGGGAACGCUUGAGGGUGAUAGAUCCGUUUCGGCGCCACCUGCUGCGUGGCGACGCUGAGGCGGUCAUCCGUCUCCUGUCGGACCUGACGGCCGAUCCAGACGCGGCAGCCGAGGUGCAGCAGCCCUUCGAUCUUGCGAAGGAGCUGAGGAGCACGCUGGUCUACAUCGGGGCGGACGAGCAGGCCGUCAUUGGGCAGACAGUUAAUGCAAUUGCUGUCUGCACAUCCGAGCAGCUGGAGGCUUUGGCAUGCUGGCUUGCCACACUGGUGGCGGUUUGGAGGCCCCAGAGUGAAGAAGCGGCCCGGGAACAGGGUGAGAGAAUCCCGCCGCGUCUGCCCAAGUCGGGAAAGCUAGACAUCGUGCUCAGCAUCCUGCGACUCUUCCGCCGCGUUGAGGUGCCGGUGGCGGUAGAGGAGACGGAGCAAGAGGGGAACGAGGAGGCGGCAGCUAAUGCGGACGUGGAUGCCCUGGGCAAUGAGCUGGCCGCGGUUGCACUGUGACGCAUUCAGGGACGGCAACCGCAAAGGGCAGUAACGGUGACGGGGAGAGCCAUCUUGUGGCGCCAUGGGCUCCUCCCCAAGCCUUCCAAGACGCGCUCUAGGUUUGGGUGUAUAGCAUGCAUGUGAUGGUGUUUUGCAUGGAUGACACUUAAAGCCAGCGUGCACUUCGCGCUGCUGCACGAUUGUGUUUUCCAAUACACGUUCAUUGAUAGACACGUUUAGUCUUAAUGCGCUUUUGUGUGCUGUGUUGUUGGGUUGUGUUAUGGGUUGUGUAAUAUCGCAGGGCUCAUGUGCAUUGCAUGCGUACAUGCCUAUUCGCCAAUAUCAAGAUCAGCAGCAAGAGCCCCAUUCUUUGACCGCUGGACGCUGGACGCUGUUGAUAGUUGUUGUCUUGUGCUGCACUGCAGACUUGCAAUGCAAUGCUGUCAUCGGUCUGACAUAAAUGCAUAUAUCAUACACAACAGACAUCACCUCUCACCUGGACGCUCGGCAGGAUGUUGGUUGCCUGCACGUGCACACCGCGUGCUGAAUGCUGCGGUCCCUUCUUGUCGCAUGUUGUAGAUGUAUUGCAUGUGCUGGGGAGGGGGAGGCUUUUAGCGCACCUAGCUGUACCCCUGUGAUGAAGUUUUCUUGUGGCUGGGGCGCCGACAUCAUCAUGCCAGCGCAUUGUGCGUUAGUCCAUUCAUCAACUAGUGUUACAAGCUGGGUUUGAGGGCGCUCUUAUGUAAAACUUUUGUGGUAUGUUUUGUGACCCAUUAGAAUCCGCAUUGAUGCAAUUGUUACCUCAUUGCUAACGGAUCGAUGGGCAGGGAGUCAUUUUGGCGGCUGUGUAUAGGUUCACGUGGGAUCUUAAGUCACUGAUGACCUGGUGGUGCGAUGUGGGAACGUUGGGAGGGGCUGCGACAAGCCCCAUAAGUCAGCGGGUACUGUUUGUUGUCUGUUUUCUGGGGUACUGGUUGAGACGUCCCUUGUUACACGUCGUGGUGAGCAUAUGCAGUUUCUCCCAUUGAAAAAAGGUUUUUGACGUGGUGUACGACAGAGAACGUUUAUUGUCAACGUUGGCGUCGGUGUUGGUUUCUAAUUUUUGACGGAGUAACCAUGGAUGAUCUAAAGACUUUGCCAUUCAUGAUGUCUGAAACGGCCGCUACAGCUGUUGUGUUGAGUGACGACGCAACAGUGAUUGUUGCCUAACUUGCACCGGUAGUCAAUUGCUUGUUUCGCAGGUGUUGUUGUGGGCGAGGUUGUUACUACUGGUUGCUGUGGAGCGCACGGCUUUUUCACCGGUAGCGAUGCCAAGUUGGGCGUACGUGGCGGUGUUGCGCUUGUUGCUUGCAAAGGGUCGCUCGUGGUUGCGAACAAUUUGUUGUACACAUACGGUAUAGGUGUGGUCCGAUUGGCGGCCUCUGGGGCGUAACAAUAGGACGACAUGUCCCGCUCGAAAGCCGCCCGGCAGCACUGCUGGCUCUCUGCAAGUAGCCAUGCUGUAGGUAUGCUGUAAGUUAUGAGAGAA